AAACAUGGUUAGAAUUGCAAUUGUACUCAUUCUUUGUGUGUCAACAGCCUUAGCUGAGGAAAACUCUGAGCUGCUAGAAGGGAGCGAGAGCCAAAAUUAUGGAUAUGGAUAUGGGACUAAGGUUGAGGGCCCUCACAGCACAUCUACUGUAUAUGUUCAUGGGUUUGGAACAGACGAUUCCUAUGACGAAGAGAAGGAUAAACAUGCAUAUGGAUACGGGCAUAUCGAUCCAUAUCUAAACGCUAAACAUGGAUAUGGAUACAGCAAGGGAUAUGGAUAUGAGAAAACUUAUGGAUAUGGUCAUGGAGGUUAUGGAAAGGGAUAUGGAUACGCUACCCCAUACGCUGCCCCCGCCCCCCACCACGCCCCCGCCCCCCACCACGUCCCUGUUUACGGGCACAAUAGCUACGACUACGGCCAUGCCCCUGCUGGAUAUGGGGCAGGAUAUGGUGCUCCCACACCGUUUGUCGGGAACGGGUUCCGGUAUGGGUUUGGGUACGCCCACGGCUACGGUGGACACUAAAAUAUUCUGAUGUCAGAACAGAACCCUCCAGAAUUCAUGAAAUUAAUAUUUUAAACAAAUUAUUUAUUCCACAUUAAUAACCAGAAAACUCUGGAAUAAGAAGUCGAAUUUUAAACUGAAAUUAUGCUUUUAAAUAGUUCAAUGAACAUGAGUCACAACAAUUGUGCAGUGUAAUCAGACCAAAUUCACUUCUUUGUUGAUUUAAUAGAACUUCAAGUGUAAUUCAGUAUUGAUUUAAUGUCGUCUUCCUAUUCUACAGUUUUCUAGUGAUACCUGUAGUAAAUAAUUAUUUAUUUACUUUCUGG